AUGGCGGCGGCGGCGGCCCUGGCGGACCGGGGGUACCUGGAGCUGAGCGCGGCGGAGCGGGGAGCGCGGCGGAGGGUUCGGGAGCUCGAGUUCAUCCUCCCAGGUGCCGACUGGGCUGGGGCCGGGGGGGGGUGGUACGCGGACAGCGCAGGCGGGUACUGGUACCAGGGCAGCGGGCAGCUGGGAUCCGUGACCAGAAACCGUUGCAUCCACUGGGCUACUUCGGGUGGCACAUUAAAGCUGGUAGAGGAGUCCCUGGAUAUAAACCUUUUGAACAAUGCGGUUCAGCUAAAAUUUCAGAACUGUAGCCUUUUACCUGGAGGAGUGCAUAUCUUUGAAACACAGAAUAAUAUUGUUAUCUUGAUCUCAACCAAUCAGACAGUGCACAGAUUGAUGUUACCACAUCCUGCUCGAAUGUAUGGAAGCGAGCUGAUAACAGAAAGUCAAAUGCAGUCUAUUUUUACGGAUAUUGGAAAAGUUCAUUUUAGGGAUCCUUCAAACUUCUAUGUAAUUCCCACAAUACCUGGAUUGGCAACCGGUUCCACUGCUUCUGCGGCUUGGCUUAGCAGUGAUGGUGGAGCGCUCUUUGCUCUGCCGUCUGCGUCUGGUGGGAUUUUUGUUCUUAAUAUGCCACCUCACAAUGCUCAUGGGGCAGUUUCAACUGUGGAGCUGAAACAGAGUUCAGUCAUGCAGCGUUUGCUUACAGGUUGGAUGCCAACAGCUAUCAGAGGGGAUCAAAGUCUUUCAGACCUUCCUGUUAGCUUGUCAGUUCACUGCCGUGAGCACGAUGCCUUCCUCUUUGCACUUUAUCAGGAUCAUAAACUUAGGAUGUGGUCUUACAAAGAUCAAAUGUGUCUGAUGGUGGCUGAUAUGUUAGACUUUGUGCCUGUAAGUAAAGACUUGAGACUUACUGCUGGAAUUGGACACAAGCUACAGCUGUCAUAUUCUGAGACUCUGGGGCUUUAUAUUGGCGUUUACUUGCAUGCACCCAAGCAAGGACAGUUCUGUGUCUUCCAAUUGGUGAGCACAGAGAGUCACCGCUAUAGUCUUGAUCACAUAUCAUCAUUGUUCACCUCUCAGGAGACGCUUGUUGACUUUGCCUUAACUACAGCUGAGAUCUGGGCACUCUGGCAUGAUGAUGAAAAUCAGACUACUGUAAAAUACAUCAAUUUUGAGCAUAAUAUAGCAGGUCAGUGGAAUCAAGUGUCUGUGCAGCCCCUGCCAGCUGAGGAAGUAGAUAUUAGAGAUGACCAGGACCCAAGGGAAACAUAUUGUGAGGCUAUCUUCAUGCUUGGCCAAUUUGCAAAUGCUGCUUUGCUUAAAGCAUUACAGAUCUUUUCUCAAGGAGCUGAGAGACUCUCAGACCUGUCCUGGGAUGAGCUGAAAAGAGAAAUUACUAUAGCUGUGGAGAAUGAAUUUCAGGGCAAUAUUACUGAAUAUGAAUUCUCACAGGAAGAGUUUAGACAGUUACAGAUAGAGUUCUGGUCAAAAUUUUAUGCCUACUGCCUUCAGUACCAAGAAGAACUCUCACGUCCACUGGCACUUCUCUUGAAUCCAUACACUAAUAUGGUGUGUCUGCUGAAAAAGGGGUACCUGUCCUUUCUUGUGCCCUGCUCCCUAAUGGAUCACCUGUAUCUCUUGACUGAUGAUCCCCUGAUGAAUGAAGUUGAGAGCACUGGCCUAGAUGAGUCUGAGUUUUCGCAUGAUCUUGUAAGUCUCAUUCAGUGCUUGCGGUUAAUCGGCGAGUCAAUUUCUGUGGAGAUGGCACUCACAAUGGAAAUGGAUUGCUGCCGCCUCCAGCCUCCAGAGAGAGCAGCAGAACAGAUCCUGAGGGACUUGAUUGCUAAUGACACAGAGAAUCUGAUGGAAGAUAUUCACAGCAAGUUACAAGAGAUCAAAAACCCAAUCAAUGCCAUUGGAGUGCUUAUCCGGGAAAUGGAUUAUGAAACAGACAUGGAAAUGGAGAGAAGAUUAAACAAUGCUCAACCCCUGAAUGUGCGUAUGCAUCUUUCACAGCUCUAUGGUAGUAGCACAGCAGUAAAUGUGGUAUGCCGUGGUGUGUACAAGGUCUCCAUGACCCGUUUUUUGAUUUGUCGGGACUUGCUGAUUUUACAGCAGCUUUUGCUGCGACUUGGUGAUGCUGCAAAUUUAGGAGGAGGCCAGGUAUUCCACACUCAGCAGGACCUACUGCAUCGUACUUCUGUUCUGAUUUUAUCUUAUUACCUGAUCAGGUGGGCAAGUCAGCGUUUGGCAUCAGAUGUUCCAGUUGAUGAAUUGGAAUCCAACCUUCAGCAUCUUUCUGUACUAAAGCUGACAGAUUCCACAUCUCUAACACCACUCAAACUAGUGACCAGCCCUCAAACUAUUGUGGAGCUCUUCUUUCAGGAGGUAGCCCGGAAACACACAAUAGCUCAGCUGUUCCCAUCUAAUGCAGCCUGGGAUGAAACGGGAUUGAGUUGGCCUCAGAUGUUUUCUGAGAUUUCCAGUUGUCUCUUGCAGUUGUUGUGGCCAAGUAAUCCUAGUUUCCUCUUUCCAGAAUGUCUGAUGGGGGCUUGUCAAUAUACUCAACUGCAGGAAUAUAUUCGUUUACUUGAACCUUGGUGUCAUGUGAAUGUGGGAUCCUGCUGCUUUAUGAUGGGACGAUGCUACCUUGUUAUGGGUGAAGGACACAAGGCUCUGGACUGUUUCUGUGAAGCAGCCUCAGAAGUUGAAAAAGAAGAAUUUUUAGACAGGCUAAUUAGAUCAGAAGAUGUAGAAAUGGUGUCAACCCCACGGCUACAGUACUAUGAUAAGGUUCUACGUUUGUUAGACACAAUAGGUCUACCUGAGUUGAUAAUUCAACUGGCAACUUUAGCAGUUACAGAAGCAGCUGAUGAUUGGAGAAGUCAGGCUACCUUGAGGACGUGCAUUUUCAAACACCACUUGGAUUUAGGACAUAACAAUGAAGCAUAUGAAGCCUUGACCCAUAAUCCAGACUCUAGCAGGCAACUGGAUUGUUUGCGACAGUUGGUAGUGGUUCUCUGUGAGCGUUCCCAGCUUCAGGAUCUUGUGGAGUUCCCUUAUGUGAAUCUUCAUAAUGAAGUUGUGGGGAUAAUUGAAUAUCGUGCUCGUGCAGUAGAUCUGAUGACUCACAAUUACUAUGAGCUGCUAUAUGCUUUCCACAUUUAUCGCCAUAACUACCGGAAAGCUGGAACAGUGAUGUUUGAAUAUGGAAUGCGUCUGGGUAGAGAAGUUCGCACACUUCGUGGACUGCAGAAGCAAGCAAACUGUUACCUUGCAGCUAUUAAUUGUUUGCGGCUGAUUCGCCCUGAAUAUGCUUGGAUAGUACAGCCAGCCUCUGGUGCAGUGUAUGAACGCCCGGGCGCAUCUCCCAAGAGAAGUCAUGAUGGUGAAUGUGCUGCUGUCCCAACGGGAAGCCAGAUUGAAAUCUUGGAACUAAAAGAUUUGGAAAGAGAAUGCACCCUGGCUCACAUACGGCUAACUUUGGCUCAGCAUGAUUCAUCAUCCGCUGCUGUAGCAGGAAGCUCAUCCCCUGAGGAGCUGGUUGUCCUGCUGGUUCAGGCUGGUCUCUUUGACACUGCCAUUUCUCUCUGCCAGACCUUCAACCUUUCCUUAACACCUGUAUUUGAGGGACUUACUUUCAAAUGCAUUCAGCUCCAAUUUGGAGGAGAAGCAGCUUUGACAGAAGCAUGGGACUGGCUAGCUGCAAAUCAGUUCUCAUCAGUUAUUGCAACCAAAGAGACCAGUGCAACAGAUGAAGCAUGGCGUCUUUUAUCAUCCUACCUGGACAGAUUCAAGUCUCAGAGCAACUUACAUCAUCGCUGUGUAAUCAACAAGUUACUGUCUCAUGGGGUGCCCUUGCCUAACUGGCUUAUCAACAGUUACAAAAAGGUAGAUGCUGCUGAACUUCUCCGCCUCUAUUUGAACUAUGACCUGCUAGAAGAAGCUGUGGAUUUGGUAUUAGAGUAUGUGGAUGCCGUACUUGGGAAAGGACACAGCUAUUUUGGAAUUGAGGUCCCAUUGUCAGCUACAUCUCCAAGAGUUUGGCUUCCAUAUUCUGCCAUUGACCAGCUUCUUCAGGCACUAGGGGAAAACACAGCCAGUCAUCACAACACAGUGCUAUACCAGAAGGUUCAUGACAAAUUAGAGGACUACCAACAACAAGUUGCCGUGACUACUCAUGAUCUCCUGUAUCUUCAAAACUAGCAAAUGGCCUGGAGUAUGUGGCCUCUCUCAAUCACCUUGUGCCUGGUGGCUCCCAAGACAAAGCUACAAAAACUGAGCUCGAGACUGAUGUGCAUAACUGUCAUGAAAUAUGUGAGAUUUGUUAGCUUUGAAUAUGUUGGCU